GCGACGAUGCCGAGAAGGCGACGGAUGAGAUAUAAUUAUGGAUCGCCCCGUCCUUGAUGUAGCAAGCCAUCAAUCGCAAUUCAUACAGUCUCUCGCUCCAGAAGACGAUCGUCACUUUACCAAGCCCCUACCAAUCUAAACACAUCAAUCUGACCCAGCAACUGACAAUGCGUAAUUCCAUACUCCUUUCGCUCAUUGCCGCAGUCAGCUACGCUGCCGCAGUCGCCCUUCCGGUCCCUGAUGUAGCCUCAUCAACUGUCGCGGCGAGCUCGACACCUACCACGAGCCAGUCUGCCGCCACAGCAAGCUCCACUGACUGCACCUUCAACCUUGCAGGAGUCGUUGGAGGCGUAGCCGGCAGCUGCGACAGUGCUGGUGACGGUAACAGUGCCGACGGCAGCGGUAAUGGCAGCGGUUCAGGAAACGGCGUAAGUAUUGACCUUAUGCAAUUUAGAAUGUGAUGCUGACACAUCGAGUAGGAUGGCUCAGGCUCCGGUGAUGGUAACAACAACGGUGACGGCAAUGGUUCUAACGACGGCGUAAAUCAACUGCAUAUCAACACGGUGUUGAAUGGCUACUGACCUUUCGCAGAACGGCAGCGGUUCUAAUGACGGUAACAACAACACAGCCUCUGUCGGAGGGAUUA